AUGGUUUGCUCUCAGACCAAAAAAGAGCUGAUUCUUUAUCACGCUGCGUUUGGACUAGUAGUCUUGGCUGCGUUUUCCCUCGUGAUCGUCUUCUGCCCGGAUGUGCUGAAAACCAUAUCUCCAGUUCGGCUGCUAGCGAUGCCAUCAUCACAAGAAACCAUCUCGUCGUAUUAUAGUAAACCUCCAACGGCACCAAUUCAAGCAGCACCUCAGCACCCAGCCGCACUUGCAGGACGUCCGGUAUCCUAUUUCGAUGUUUGCUGGACGGACUCAUGCAAAAGAAAUGGCGCAUAUAUAAACGCCCUAGUUUCCCGUGAGUUGGAUCCUUGUGACGACUUCUUCAAGUUUGUAUGCAGUCGCUGGAGGAGUCAUUACGACAACAUGACAUCAAGUUUUGACGACGACAUCGUGUAUCGCUUCGAGCGAGAUGUCCUCCGGCUUUUGGAGUCGCCAUUGCCUCCUAGUGUUCGCGACACGGAUGUGCUAUUGCCUCUGAAGCAUGUCGUAAGCACCUGCGUGAGCUCCGUCAAUAAUUCCGAUGUCUAUGCUGUCCUGGACCUUCUCUCAGAAGUGGAUCUUGAAGGGUUUCCAUUCACGCCUCCCGUCCGCAGCAGCAUUUCGGCCUGGAAGACAGCGGCAAGGGUGUUCAGCUACACUGGAGCAUCUGCCUUGUUUAGUCUUGGUGUUGCCGUCCACCCGUUCAAAUCGAACAGGGACGUUACCACCGUAGAUAUUCCACAGCCUUUGCUAAUCAACAAGGAGAAAACGACAGCCGCUUACACCCGCCUUGUGAAAGCGUCCAUGAAAGUACUCGGAAAACGCUUUGUUCCUUCUGCGUACACUGCAGAGGUUGUUGCGUUUGCUGAGCAACUCGACAAGGCAGCUGAAUCCGGGGAGUUUUUGCACUCGGAUGAGCGUCUCCACCGCGUAUCCAAGCUGCAAGACCUGCCUGAGGUUAGAACUUAUUUGCUAGAGAUAGGCGAGGAGAAGCUUUCUGCCGAUGAGAAUGACGUGCUUUUAUUGACACCCAACUUUCUUGAGAGCUUGGUGAAUCUGGUUCGCAAGUCGGAUAUACACGUUGUUUUGAAUUUUCUCUGUGUCCACGUUUUUGUUCGAACGUCGGUCUUUUCGUCGCUUAAUAACCAGGAACUCGCCUGGGUGGCGACGUCGCAACUUUUCGGCCAUUCUGUCCACCAGGUGCCCCGAUGGCGCCUUUGUGUUCGGGCCGCUGCCCAGUCCCUACCUAGCCUGUUCCUUCGCGCCAGCAGCCUGACAGUGAGAACCAUGGAUGACGUUGUUGACUCUGUUUUGAGAAGCGUUCUGAACCAAAUGAAGCUGCAGAUCCACACAAUCUCAUUUUUCGAUGACAAAACCUGCGCGCUCGCUAAACGAAUUCUGGCUGGCACUCAUUUCGCCACAGCGGGGCCACGCUGGCUGAGUCAGGAGGACAGGCUCUCAUCUUAUCUCGCUCAGCUACCCAAACACAAUCCGAAAGACGCGUUUCUAAAAUGGCACUCGCAUACCCUAAAGGCUGUGCAGAAAGCAGCAUUGCGACGGAGAUCUCUCGAUGUGUGGUCUGGGUCGCCAUUUGCAACUGACUGCUGGUACGAUCUUCAGCUCAAGACAGUCUACAUCCCGACACUCUUGUCUAGCUACGCCAUGCCACGCGUAGACGAUUAUGGCACCGUCCAGCUAUCACUCAUGGGCCAUCGCGUGACCCGCUGCCUCUUGCGGAUGCUCAUCGAAGGUGUCUCGUCCUCCUUCAACCGCGAGAUUCUGACCAGGAGUUUCUGGUCUUCUUACGCUAAAACAUCUCUCCACCAAGCGCAGGUGUGCCUCCAAGAGCAACUGGAUGUUCCAGCGUCUAUGUCGCUUUCCUUAUUAGAAGAUCACACUGCUCUCAAGAUAGUCGAGGGCCUCUACGAGAGCAUCAGAGUGAGACGAGCUGCAGCUCGGGACAUUCGGUUGCCAGGUGCCGAAGACUUCUCAGCCGUGCACCUUUUCUUUGUUUACUACGGGCUCGGCUUCUGCGUCAAAAACUUGCAGGAGGACGAGGCGGAGAUGCAGGCGCGACGCGUCAAUGUUCCGUUGCGAGGGUCAUCGGCCUUCCAGAGGCUCUUCAACUGCAGGCCCACGUCACCGAUGGGUCCGCUAAGAAAGUGCGCGGAUUGGAUGAGUCCGUCGAAGCAGGAGACUCCCUCGCGUUCGCAAAGGAAGCCAGAUCCUGAGGAACCAAGUAAUACUAUAGAGCAAUAA